AUGGAUACACUUAAUCUCACUCUCUUUAUCUUACUACUUCUUAUAUACAUUGUGACAAUCUGUGGAAACCUCUUGAUCAUUGUGCUGGUGUUCUGCAGCAAGAUCCUCCAGUCCCCCAUGUACGUCUUCCUCUCCCAGCUGUCCAUUACGGACAUCAUGCUGACCACAGAUAUCAGCCCUAACAUGCUAAGCAUUGUAUUACAUGAGCAGACCACCAUUUCUUUUUCAGGCUGCAUCACCCAAUUUUAUUUCUCUGCUUUAUCAUUAGUGUUGGAAUGUUUUUUGCUCACGGUGAUGUCCUACGACCGGUAUCUUGCCAUCUGCACUCCACUGCACUAUCUAGCCAUCUGUUCUCCUCUACAUUAUGUAUCUAUUAUGAACCACGGGCUGUGCAUUAAACUAAUACUGGUAUCUUGGCUAUUGAGUUGCUCUGUAGCAUUGAUUUUAACACUUGACUUGAGUCAACUGCGAUUCUGCGGGCCGAAUACAAUUGAUGGGUUUUUUUGUGACUUUAAUCCGUUGAUGGCACUUUCUUGUUCCGAUGUCUCUGUGGUUCAGUUGGCAGGAACCUUGUUGUCCAUUCCUGUGAUCAUCUUACCUUUCCUAGUGAUAGUCAUUUCUUAUAUAUUUAUUGUUUUAACCAUAUCAAAGAUCUCGUCCUUUUCAGGAAGAUGGAAAUCUUUUUCCACUUGCAGCUCCCACCUAACGGUUGUGUCUAUGUAUUAUGGAACUUUAAUUAUCAUGUAUGUGCUUCCAAAUGAAGAGCAUUCACAAAUGAUCACGAAGACACUGGCCCUGUUGUACACCGUGCUUAUACCAUGUUUAAAUCCUUUCAUAUAUAGUUUGAGAAAUAAAGAUAUUAAGGCAGCUUUUAGACGCAGUGUAUAUAGUAAAUUCUAUUUACAUUUUCAGUUGAAAAUCAGAUAA